AUUCUUCUUUGUCUUCAUAUAUCCUUAUAUCUCUGUACUCCCAACUCCAUAGAUUUUUAUCUCUGCACAUUCCCCUGUUCCUGUAUCAUUCUCUCACUAAUCUCUAUAAAUUUGUAAACCAUAUGCAUCCCAUUACCAUUUCAGUCCUGCACAAUACCAAGUGAUUAAACCCAAGAAAAACCCAUUUUUUUUAUUGAUGGAUUCUUCCAAAAACUGGUAUUCUGAUGAAAAUGGUGUUUAUAAAAGCACAUUCUCACCUGUUGACCUCCCAAAAGAUCCAUUUGUGGAUGCGACUUCCUUCCUUCUCUCUCAUAAACACCAUGGAACUACAGCUUUGAUAGAUUCUUCGACUGGGUUUAGUAUCAGUUAUACACAGUUGCCACAUAUGGUGAAAUCCAUUGCCUCGGGGCUCCAUGAAAUUGGGGUCUCUCAAGGUCAGGUGGUGUUGAUGCUCUUACCAAAUAUGGCAUAUUUUCCUGUCAUUUUUCUAAGCAUCAUCUCUGCAGGUGCCAUUGCCACCCCUAUGAAUCCUCUUAGUACUUUUAAUGAGAUUAUGAAACAGAUUAAAUACUGUAAUGUUGUUCUUGCCUUUACUGUUAGUGAAUACUUGGGAAAACUUGAAAAAGCUGGUAUUCCAGUUGUUUUAGUGAGAGAACAUGAGGAGAAAAGCUCACAUUUCGUUAGAGGAAAGGAAGAGAAAAUUUCAUGCUCAGGCUCCUCAAAAGUGGUUUCUUUUGAUUGGGUUUUGUCCUGUGAUCCCAUCCAUGCAACAAGGCCUAGAAUUAACCAGAAUGAUAUUGCGGUGCUGCUAAAUUCGUCGGGUACCUCUGGCCCAAGCAAAGUUGUUGCCAUUACACAUCGGAAUUUGAUAUCUACAGUUGAACUUUUUGUAAGGUUUGAAGCGUCGUUGUGUGAGAAUGAGUACAUGGGUUGGGAGACUGUUUAUUUGGAUGUGAUACCCAUGUUUCAUAUCUAUGGUCUUGUUCUUCUGGCCUCUGGUUUGCUCUCAUUAGGUUCUAAGAUUGUAAUUAUGCAUAAAUUUGACGAGAGAGAAAUGGCUAGAUGUAUUUCUGGGUAUGGAGUCACGCAUAUCCCUGCUGUUCCAUCCUUAGUGGUUUCUCUCACCAAAAUUGGCAAAAUGGACAAUUAUAGUUUUCGUUCCCUAAAGCAAGUAGUGAGUGGAGCGGCUCCACUAAGCAAGAAAUCUAUAGAUGAGUUUCUCAAGGUUUUCCCUCAUGUUGAACUCGGACAGGGCUAUGGGAUGACUGAGACAACCGCAGUUGGGUUUCGGGGUACCACUAAUGCAAAAGUGAAAAAGUAUUCCUCUGUUGGAUUGCUAGCCCCUAAUAUGGAAGCCAAAGUAGUCGAUAGUGCACAAGGCUCAUGCUUACCUCCUGGAGAAACCGGUGAGCUGUGGCUUCGUGGACCUGGCAUAAUGAAAGAGUACUUCAAUAGCCAUACAGCGACAUUGUCGACCAUUGACAAGGAGGGUUGGUUACAUACAGGGGAUAUUGUUUAUUUCGAUAAGGAUGGCUAUUUAUAUAUAGUUGAUCGCUUGAAAGAUAUUAUCAAAUGCAACGGUUUUCAGGUUGCGCCAGCUGAUUUGGAUGCCAUACUAAUCUUACAUCCACAGAUUCUUGAUGCCGCAGUAGCAGGAAUUCCUAAUGAACAAACCGGAGAAAUACCCGUGGCAUUUGUCAAGAGGUCGAUAGGCAGCAACUUAUCGGAGGCAGAUGUAAUCGACUUUGUGGCAGCACAGGUUGCACCAUACAAGAAGGUGAGGAAGGUGGUAUUCGUGAAUUCCAUUCCAAGGUCAACAGCAGGAAAAGUUCUUCGAAAAAAGCUGAGAGUAUCUUGUGUAUCUAAAUACUAAAGAGACAUGAUACAAGAUUUAAGUGUUUUGACACUGCUAUAUUCAUUGGAGUGUUGUUUAAAAUUAAUGGAAACUCUGUGUUGGUGGUGCCACCCACAUAUAAAAUA